CAGUCCUGCCGUCCGCGGGGCGGGGACGCGGUAGCGGUGGCGGCGGCUCCCUGUAGUCCAAGCCCGAGCGCGCAGGCCCCUCCCGGCGGUCGGGGGCCGGGCGGGGCGGGGGCGCCAUGUGGUUCAUGUACGUGCUGAGCUGGCUGUCGCUCUUCAUCCAGGUGUCCUUCAUCACGCUGGCCGUCGCGGCCGGACUCUAUUACCUGGCGGAACUGAUAGAAGAGUACACAGUGGCCACCAGCAGGAUCAUAAAAUACAUGAUCUGGUUCUCCACAGCUGUGCUGAUUGGCCUCUACGUUUUUGAGCGCUUCCCCACCUGCAUGAUUGGCGUGGGCCUCUUCACCAACCUCGUCUACUUUGGCCUCCUCCAGACCUUCCCCUUCAUCAUGCUGACCUCGCCUAACUUCAUCCUGUCGUGCGGACUAGUGGUGGUGAAUCAUUACCUAGCAUUUCAGUUUUUUGCGGAGGAAUAUUAUCCUUUCUCGGAGGUCCUGGCCUACUUCACGUUCUGUCUGUGGAUAAUCCCGUUUGCGUUCUUCGUGUCACUGUCGGCCGGGGAGAACGUCCUGCCCUCCACCGUGCAGCCCGGAGAUGACGUGGUCUCCAAUUACUUCACCAAAGGCAAGCGGGGCAAACGCUUAGGGAUCCUGGUUGUCUUCUCCUUCAUCAAAGAGGCCAUUCUACCCAGUCGUCAGAAGAUGUACUGACGCCCCAGGGGAGGGGAUGUUGGGGCGAGAUCAGGAGAGUCGGGCUCUCUGUGAGCCUAGAAGGUUCCUUCCCCCAGCCCUGGCCUGACUUCCUGCAAGUCUCCCUGGAGCCUCCCUCCCCACCUUCCUCAGGAUGCUCAGCUGGGCUCAGAUCUGAUGCUGCUAGAGGCCGUGACCUCAGAGGCACCAGGGAGGGUGGCGGAGCCUGCGUGGCCGGAGGCCGUGGUCCACCUGGCUGUGUAGAAGCUGAGCUCCUGUGGCCCGCCCCACCCCUUCCAUGCUGGGUCAGGAGGUUCUGGCUCAGUCGAGGUGGGCAGGGCAGGGGCCUUGAAGCUGGAGAGCAGACAGUGAUAGGGUCUUUGGGCGGAUGGCCAUGGGGCAGGGCCAUGGCUUGGCAAUUCCCAGGAAAUAGUUUUUGCUGUUCAACUGUGAUUUCUGUCCAAGUCUGAUUCCUGUUUGAAUAAAGAUUCUAGGUGGCACUGUUGCCUUAAUCCCCUGAAAGUUCAUCUUCCUUUCUUCCUGCUGACCUUCUGCCCUGGCCUGGAUGGGCUUUUCUGCUGCAGGGGUUCCUGUUCUGGGAUCGGGCCUUGCCUUUCUGAAGGGACUGUUCUUACGUCCCUUAGUGGGAAGGGGGCAGAAUGAAGAGCUGAGCCUGGUUAGGGGGUGGGGAGUGGCAGGUGGAGGCAGCCUUUCUUAUGCCCCCCCACCCCCACCCACCCCGUCUUCUAUCUCUUCUUUCCCCAAGGCUCCAUGACUGUCACGCGGGGGGCAGAGAGAGAGAGCAUUUUGGGACUGGGUUAGAUUUUCAGAGCAACAUCUACAAUGCCCUAUUUAUAAGUCUUCCCCUGGAGAAAAGGAGUGGUUUCUGGCAGAAUUCUAUGUCAGGCUCAAGGAGAAACAAAACUCGACCGCCAGCAGUCUGGGCUACAGCCUGUUUUUAAAGAAAUAGGCCUAGUGGAGGAAGCCGUGUGUCACUGAGAGCCUGGCCCUCUUUCCUGUGUGCUCGGCUCCUGAGGAGCUGACCUCAGGCUUCUAAGAAGGCAGGCGAGGUCCCAGGCACAGACCAGCAUUUGUUAACCUUGCACUCCAACUACAGUGCCUUGCAGAUACUCAGCAGUACAUACCGGAACGAAGUCCCCAUGAGAGCCGUUACUGGCCAUGUCUUAUACCUCACAGCGAGGGUAGCAGGUGCAGCGACGGGCUGCACACGUGUAGUAUCUUUAAGUCCCUGUGCUGCACAUCUUUCCUCCACAUCCUGCCUCAAGUCCCACUGUAGCCCUUCACUUCCUUGGCUCGAGCAUUUCCUGUUCUCUUAAUACCAGCCUCCCCCUUUCCCUGGAAGGAGCAGCAAGCACAUCUGGGUCUUCUCUCAAUGGGAAUUAGAUUGCCAGGCCCCUUCAUCCUAUGCAGACUAGCGCGGGCCAAGGUAGACACGGGGCCAACACCAUCCUCACUGCUGGGCCACAGCUGGCCCUGCUCUCUCCCUCACUGUCCUCUUUGUUCCUCACCCUGAGGACGUGGCUCCACCUCCUCCAUUCGCUCCACCGUCAGUGCGCUCGCAGGGUUGCCAGUGGUCUUUCUGUGCAAAUCCAGUGAGCCCUUCUCACCCCUUACUGGGUCUCUGCAGCACCCGACAGGGCUGACCACCCCAGCUCCUUGAAUCGCACUUCUAUGGCCGUUUCUCCUCCUACCUCUGUGGCUUCUUCCGGUGUCCUAUGCAGGCUUCUCCACUCGCCCAUGCAGUGGGGUUUCUCAGGGUCCUGUCCUGGGCUCCCAGGAGGAGCCCGCCCAUGCUCAUGGCUUUGACUCUUUGCCAAGGAAGUGAGAGUUGACUUCCAGCCCCAACACCCCUCCUGGGCUUCUGAACCGGUUCUGCUGCCUUUGGGUGCACAAGCUCCUUCACAGCCCAGGUGGCGCCUGCUGUCCUCUGCGCACCUGCCUCUUUUGGGUACCUGCUGUGGCCCCAAGAUCACUCAGGAGCCAAAACAGAAACCGCUUUUUAUCCCUGCUUUCUCCUUUUGCCCCCCACAUCCAAUCUCUAAAAACUGUCAAGUUUGCCUCCUUAACGUCUCUUGGUUAGAGUAGAGCCACUCCCACUGUCAUCAACUUUCACCUGGGUUAUUGUGACAGCCGCCUCCUGCUUCUCUGUCCCACAGCUAGAGUUGUCUUUCUAAAAUGCAUAGUUGAUCAAGUCACUUCCUGGCCUGCAACCUCCCAUGGCUCCCCUCUGCCUUCAGGACAAAAUCCAGACCCUUAGCAUGGCUGUGAAACACUUGGUAUCCCUCUUCCUGCUCGCCUCUCUGGCCUCAUCACUUGCCAUCUUGCUCUCUGGGUCCUGGCCUCCUGUACCCAGAGAUGCCACUUUGAUUCCCCUUCUAUUCACCAGGGCAUCUUCGUUAGUUCUCAACUUUAAGAUUUUACUUCGUCCAAGGAGCUUUUAAAGUCCCCUCCCCCUGCCCACGCCAGCACACCACACACAUCACUGUGGGCUUACUUGCCUGUGUGCUGGUCUGUCUCCUUACUAGACUGUAAGCUCCUUGAGGGCAGGGACUGUCCUUCAGUUUUUGUAUCAACAACGCCUCGCUUGGUGCCUGGCACAUAGAAAGCACUCAAUAAAUGUUUGUUUAAUGA